AUGUUCUUAUUUAGAGAUGAAAAUAAGUUGAAAAAGCUGGAGGAUGUUAGGAGAAUAGCAGCAGUGAAUGCAAAGUUGUGGGAAACUCGAGUUGAAAUUGCUGAAAAAGUUAAACAAAAGGUUCAAGAGCAUGCAAAGAAAUUAGCCGAUGACAAUGCAAAAUUACAUGACACACUACGACAGUCAGAGAAGGAAACUAUGGAAGUAUUUUCCUACCUAAAAAAAGAAAAUGAUGCUAAAGAAAAAGAACUUAAUGAAUUACGAGAGAAGAUCGAACAUUUGAUUGCUUCUCAUGAAAAGGAUAAGGAACUGCUUUUAAAUGACAUUAAAGAUCAAAUCCUUUGUAUGAAUACUGAAAAGGAAAAGGAGUGUAAAAGGGUUAAGGAACUUGAAAGUGAAAUACAGCAACUAAGCGAAUACAAAAGUGACAGGAUUCGUACCGAGAAUGAAAUUAAGCAAUUACGGGGUAUGGUUGAGAGUCAAAAGUCUCUGAUUGAACAGAUGGAGUUGAAAUUCUUCGAAGAGAAGAAAGACAAAAAGAUUCAACUCUGUGAAAAUCAAAUUCAAAACUUAAAUGAUACUGUAUUGAAACAAAAGAAUGAAUUACAAGGACAAAUUGUUUUACAGACCUCUGAAUCAGCUAAAUCAAUAGAAAGGUUGACUAAAACACUAGAAUUAGAACGUAAACGUAUGAAUCGUAUUUGUGGAUUGGCUAGCAAAAUUUUACAACAAAGAAGUGAAAUAGAAGAAUUCUUUAUCAGUUCACUUGAUUAUGUUCGUGAUGAGAUUAAAGUGAAUCAGAAUAAUUACAUUCAUGAUUCAAAGUCUGCUUAUGAAGCUAGUUUACGCUUAGCUCACUGUGGUAAAUCAACCUAUCCACCAGUAAGGACAUUUCAAAAUAAAAUGUCAAGUACAAAUAAUGUAUAUGAUGAUUUCAAGAUUGCCCAUCAAAUGAAUAGUUCAGAUACGUCAAACUGUCAAAAUACAGAAGACUCAAAGUUAUCCAUCUCAAGAGAAUCAACCCAGUUGAUUGAUUCAAAAAGGUUAACAAAGCGAAUACUUGAUUCUAUCAGAAGUAAUAAUGAAUCCAGCUGGAGAGAAGUUGACGAAGAGGUGGAAAACGAUAAAGAAGAGAAGGAAAGGAAUAAAAGUUGUGAAGUACUUCAAUGGCAAGUGUAUGGAGAGUCAAAUAACCUAUCUGAUGAUAAUAACCGGAGCUUAAUCCCCUCUAAGGAUUUACCCAGCUUACAGUCGUCUAACUUAGGAAAUAUUGAAGAGAAGUCAUCACGAAAGAAGGUGCUUUCUGCACCAGAUUUUAGAGGUGAACAGACAAGCACACCAUAUCCAUCGCCAGAAACCAAAGAUGAUAUAACACAUUCGGAAAGUGCACACUCUAACUAA